AUGAUCGUGAGCAGAAGAUCGGCCUAUGAGUCUGGUGUCUUUACGAUGCCACGAGUCAACCACUACCAAUCCGUGGUGAAGCGUCAUAGCUCAUCGAUGAUGAUAACUGAUCGCUAUACAACCGUGUUGAGCCGCCACCCUAACAGUAGGCUUCAUUCUCUAGAUGGCUCAUCGCCCUUGGCUACUGUCAUGAAAGAUGCUGUGAAGCAGCGGCUCUCUUGGAAUUCCUGCGCAGUACGUCACCCGAAGCAGCCGCACCAUGCCACAAUGAUCGGGUCUGUUUACCCAGAUCUAGACGUCCGUCGACGAGCCAACGUAGCAAGGGCCGGUAGUAUGUGGGCCUGGACCGAGAUGACUGGGGGAGUGCACGUUGGGCGAUGGCUCGUGAAGACUAAUCAUCAAAUGGACACCUCCUUUCCCACCGGGGAGAAUUUUACAGGCAGAAAGAAGAACAACCCCCAAAACCCUGUAUACGUCCACUCGCCUGGUCCAAUUCACAUUGCCGUGCCUCACUCUCGCUUGCGCACGUCAAUCUGUCAAACCCAAGCAGACGGAGUAGCCCACAUGCCGUCACACUACAGACACAGACUACGGAUACACACAAAUUUGCAAUAUGAGGCUUCAAGAUCUUAUCUCAUCUUGGUAUUUGUUGGGCACGGCCGUCCACUACGAACGACUUACUCGCGGUCACUAACCCCGGGACGAGGGCGCCUGAGUCGUGUAGCAGUGCCCCUAUGGAACCUCUCGCAGUACGAAAGUUUAGAUUUCAACGGGCGCGAAGCACCUAUUGCGGAUAGUUGCCAACUCACAGAAAGAAUGCCAAGACGCGAGAGUCUAGAAGAGGGAAAAGACUCACGCGACACAUUACCACGUCCAUCAAAUCCAAUGUGCCUCCCCCUACUAAGGAUACCUAGCCAACGGAAGGCCCGCCAAGAGGUGGAUUGGAAACACCUCAUCGCCAAGAGCACAGAUCAAGCUCAUAUACUCGAUGGGCUUUUAAUAGCCCCAAACACUGCCCGCGUAGGCGCCAAGACCACCCUCCCCAAGCAAAGCCGGUGCAGCAACAGUAGCGAAAACUUGCGGACAGCCCCCCGUCCUUCGCUACUCCGUGAACUUUACGCCGUACUCAACCAGAUAGGCAGGCUAUCCAGAAUCGACAGUAUCGGAUUUUGCCGUACGCCAAGUAACGCAGAACGGACCUCAAGUACUCCGUACACUACUCCGUACACUUGUAAUUUUGGCCGGUCUUUGAGGCAUAAUCAUGUGCCUGACCACUUUUACCACCUGCUCACUGACCAAGUGGUUCAGGACAGCUCCGCUACGGAUACCAGCAACCUCGAAAAUAGCAUCCUCCUUGUAACCACAUCGAGCAGAUCUCGAGCACUUUCCAAGAAGUCGCAAACUCUUGCCAGUCAACCUAGCAAGUCUACGGAAGAGGGCGGUGUCAACCUCAACAGACCCUUCAUCCAUGCCCCCAGAGGCCUUGGCAUAAUUUUCCGUUGCAAACUGAUGUAUAAGAAGAAGCUGAUCAUCCCGCCUUUUUCUCACUCCUGUCAUGCCAUCACCAUCACCAUCAUCAUCCCACCUCACCCACACAACUCCAACUCAACCUUCUCUCACAACCAUCCAAACUCCUCUCCACCUCCAACUCAACACCAACACAACCAAACUGCCAAAAUGCGCGCCGCCUUCGCCAUCGUCUCCCUCCUCGCCGCCACCGUCGCCGCCCGCUUCGACGGCCCUUGCACCGACACCGUCUGCGGCGACUCCAGGGUCAACUGCGAGGCCGAGGGCCGCAUCUGCGUCGGCUUCCCCAGCAAUGAUUUUCAAUUCCUACCUACGCAUGGUACGUGUGCCCUUGAAGCUGCUGCUUCCUCUUCAAGGACCCUCAUGGCUAACUCGAUACCCAUCAGAUCAGCAUUUGAAAGGUCUCCCAUUUUGGAAAGACUCGGAGUUUUUGGGAAAGAUACAGGAACGAGGAACAAGACGCAUCACUCACGGGAAACCCAUCAUGAAAUGGCAAAACACACAAAGGCGCUCGGAGAGAAGCGAUGGAACCCACACGGCAUGAUAUCCAAACCUGAACAAAAAAACAGCAUAGAAAAAAUCCCACAUACUACCUCUUCCUGUCCGCAACACAACACAUCUCUGCCAUUCCCUCCCAAAGUCCAUGAUGCAACCCAUGAUCGCCCAUCUGCCGUGACACCCCAGACACGAUUCGAGGCGCUCGUCUCCCGCAGCCAAGACACGUCCACCUCACCACCACCACCCCAACUCCCUCCUUCACACCCCUUUUCCUACCCAUUUGCUAUACACGCACAUAUACCUCCAUUCAAACAAACCCAUCCAUCCCCAACCCCUCAAAAACUCCCGAGGGCUCCUCGGUCCCACCGAAUCGGCAUUCUCCCCAUCCCCGCUUACCCCCGAGACCCAACUCACCCGAGGGACCCGAACACACGCAGCUCGAAACCCACUUUGCCGAGAUCGAUCGGCACCGGGAUCAAGACUCACUUCAGUGCUAGGCACUUUACGGUGGGCAAACCAGCACACGGGACAGCGAAGGCCUUAACAGAAUAUUGCUUAUCGUCGCUGACACCGCCACUGCUAAGAAAAGGUUACAUUCGGGACCGCUCUCUGUAUCGGUAUCUCAAUCGCAUCUCUCUAGCUACGUGUAACUACUCAAUUGCGAUAACGAUUCCUUACUAUGACUAUAGACUUGGCAUCACAGCGACGGGAAUCCAAGACAGUAUUCAAAGGAGGAAGAAGUUCCCCUUCACAGCACCACACACCGACCGUGAUACUUCUUCUAUGCCUCGCGUGGAAACAAGGAAUCCCAUCCAAAUGUGUAAACAUUGA